AUGAACGAGACCUAUUACCAGCCUGCAAAUGUGUUUCGGCAGCCUGCCAUAUUCGUUAAAAAAAGCGAAAGCCGGCCAAAUUCGAAAUCACUUGGAAUUGGCACGCAUCGGAAAUCCUGGCAGAAUAACGUCGCGCGACUCGGUUCCCCUUUGCUCAGAAAGGCAUCCAGUGAUAUGAACGAUUAUUAUACAACCCAACAAUUGCAAAGCGAAUACUGGGGUGUAAAUGCCCCCAUUGGUUCCCGCGUCACUUCGUUGUCGUGUUUAGAAGACAAAAUCUUGGUCUCAAAUUCAAACUCCACCGAAAACUUAAAACUGUAUGAACUCAACCAGGGAAGUAGCAAAAGCACACUGCGUACUUUGCAAGUCAUCAGUGUGCCAGAUAAACCGCCCAUCGUGACCUGCCUGCUGCCGGACAGCUUCAAGUCUACAAGCACAAAAUUUAGCCAAAACGACGAUUGCAUGAUCCUGACAGGUAAUCAGGACGGGUACGUGGACCUGAUAACAACAUCGGCAACGGAAGGGAACGCUAAAAUUGUGAAAAGAUUCAAUCAUGGCAAGUACCUUAAAUCUACGAAUCAACAAUCGCUGGACGCUUGGCUUAGAACAAAAAGAUCUUUACCGAUUCGGCAAUUACAACCUUGGAACGAUCAAGGGUUUAUGUCCAUUGUGAACGAAACUGUUUUCAUUUACGACCUCAAUCACCACCGUUCACCUCUGUAUUUGCAAAGUUUUAACGGAUUAGAAGCCGCUGCACACCACGUAAGCAAUCCUCACUUAUUGUCCCUUGUUGGAUCGAGAUUUGGUGAGAAUGGUAUUUCCUUGCUGGAUCUUAGAAGUGGACAAGGCUAUGGCAACUUGUAUUCACCCGAUAUUGGCGACUCGACAAAUCAUUCCAAAUCGACUCGAUGCACAUGGCUAGACGAAUACACGAUCGCCAAUACAGUGGGAAAUUGCGUAAAACUCUGGGAUGUUCGAGCUCCAGGUGCCAAAUGCACUAUCAAGGGCCAUAAGGGUUCCAUCAAUUCGCUUCAAUACCAUUCCGAGUUGAAACGACUUUAUACCGGCGACGAUCAGGGCUAUGCAAUAGCAUGGGACCUGACGAAUCUGGAGAAUGUUUCAGAGUGCCGGUUGGCAAAUGGUUUCCAAUCAAUAUUGAGUGAAAAGAUCAGUGAGCUCAAGCAAUGUGGUAACAUUGUCGUGACACCCGAUUCAUCUCACAUUAGUCGUGACAGGGAGAACACGAUCGGACAUGCCAGAUGUUCUAAUUUCUUGAGCACGACUGAUGACGGAUCUUUAAUAACAUUGGAUUCGGUCGAAUUAGGGUUACAUUCGAUAAGAGAGGUCGAAAGACCAAUUUCGAUCCCAGUUUCACAGAAACAACCUGAAAGCGCUUCAUAUACGCAUUAUUCCACUGGUGAGGCAGCCGAUUCUGACACGACACUGCAUCAGGAUUCCUUGGGGUCAACAUGGGAAGAAACUUCCGAUGGAACAGUCGAUAUGUGGGAAUUUCAAACUCCGGUUCAGAACACUCAAGGUUCCAAAGUAAACAGUCCCCGAGGCCACAAGGCUCAUAAUCCAAGUCUCUAUUCUUUGACGGACAAUUUACUCAGUGGUUCCACAAUUUAUGACCAAACUUCCAUAUUGAAUGUAGACAUCCUUGUAUAA